ACCUAUUAAAAGUAGGACCAGCGGGUGGCGGAAGAUAGAACUGAUUACACGGAAUUAGAGGCAAAAUAAAACAUUUCGAAUCGAAAUGGAUUUCUUCACCCUAAUCAACCUUCUGCUGCUAAUUCAUCGCGUGGCCGGUGAUGUUGAAAACGGAAGUUGUCCAAAAUUUGAACCCUUUGAAGCCAAACCAUUCUACGGCCGAGUAACCAAAUGGUUUCCGGACAACUUCGGACGCAGCCCGUUCAACACGUUCGACGCGUGGCACUUCCAGCCCGAAUCCGUCGUAGAAAUGUUCGUGUCCUCCUCGGAAUCAAUCGUCCUCAAUGUAACCCUGCGUUGCCUACAGCCGAAUCCGUUGACUGGUCAGCUACCUCCGCUAAGCGUCUGGACUAGACGACGACGGCAGGAACCAUACGAGUGGAGCGAGGGAAACUUUAAACUGGACCAGUACGGAGAUUACAUCAGUCUGAGCGGCUGUAAACAACUGACGAGUGAUACCGGCGCGGUUGGAAUCCUGGAAGCAGAGAGCACUUUUGAAAACAAGCAACUGGACCGGAAGCAGAAAAAUGUCAGCUGUAACUUCAUCAGCGAAUUUGUUAUUGCUCGCAAAAAUCAGAUUCAAGAUAAAACCUUAUUAAAAGCGGAACAAACAAUUCCAGCCGCCGGAAGAUCAAACGCAAAAUUAGUUGAUUUUGAUUUAAAGUGGAUCGUGAUUGAAGCUUUGAUAAUUAUUUUGCUAACCAUGUUCAAAAAAUAAGCGGCAAAUAUUUAACAGGAAAUAUUGUAACAAGAGUAAAAUACCUUACAACUUAUAGACACAAAUUUUCGACCUUUUUGAAUAAGUUAGUGGCAACGCACAGGUAUUCAAUUGGAAUUAAAAAAUAGAGUGUAUUUCAGUAGUGAGUUGUUUCCUAUAAUUGCAUAAAAUCAAUGGAUUACACGACGGGCCAAAAUUUCUCAUAGAUGGCGUUGUUCGUUUGGUAGUAAGAAUCUCAAAUUUGUUCUGAGAAAUUUACUUUUUUGUGAAUAUCUCAGCAACUACAAAUCGCAGGGUGACAAAAUUUGACCUGCUGAUUCACAAAAAAAUUAGCUUUCACCAGGUCAAAUUUUAUCUCUAACUGACCUUUAAUUUGGGAAAUAUUGAAUUUAAAUUGAUUUCCCCCAUACAUUUUUUAAAUUGCUUACUAGGGAGCGUUCUUUUAUUACGUAACGCGAAAAAUCGGACUUUUAGACCCCCUCCCCCCCCUCGUAACAAAAUGUCCAUACAAAUUUUAAAAAUUUUGUAUGGAGCGUAACACGGC